AUCCACACCCAGAGGCCAGAAAAUCGUAUAUGAUCAGCCCUACUCUUAGUUUCUUUUCCAUAUAAUACAUCAAGUUACUUCUGGCAAGCUAAAAACAAAUGGCAUUUAGAGGAUUAAUUCGGUCAUUAAUCACCAAAAGGCAGCUGCAUGUCGUCUCAAAAUCAUCGAGCAACAUUAAACCAGCUUCGCCAACUCCCUCAAAGCUCAAACAGUACAACAUUCCUUUACAUGAUCGCACGAUUCCAAAUAUUCAUGUUCCAAUGAUUUUAUUCUACCCCAGCUACAACUCUGAUCAUAGCCUAAAACUCAUCCCUAACAAUGCAUCAUUAUCAGAUCUUCUGAAAAACUCUUUGUCAGAGACACUGUCUAUGUAUUACCCAUUUGCAGGAAGGCUACGUUCUGGAUCCUACAUUGAUUGUAACGAUGAAGGUGUUCAUUUUGUUGAAGCCCAAAUCGGAUGCAAGUUGUGGGAGGUUUUGGAAAAACCUCCUGUCAUGGAGGAAGAAGAAGGUUUAGGCCAUCUCUUUCCGCCUUGCACAAUUUGGAAAAAUUGUACCGAGAUGUAUCCUGGUAUUGUAAUGCAUAUUCAGCUAAACCAUUUCACUUGUGGAGGAAUUGCCAUUGCAGCUACCCUUCAUCACCAUAUUGGUGAUGCUCUUACUCUCUGCUCAUUUCUGAAGUAUUGGGCAACUUUGUCACUCCACUCUGGUGACCACCAGAAAUUAUUACAUCUUCGUCCACAUUUAGUGCACGAGCUGCUGCCUGCAUCAUCUGAUGGCGAUUCUAUCCCAGAUUUUCCAUUACCAGAGAAGAAUUGGACCACUAAGGAGGUAAUAUUCCAAAACACAAAUCUGGCAAAACUGAAGGCAGCAGUGGAAAAUGAAGACAAAGUAGACGGCAUAGUAGAAAAUCAAAUAUACACCCGCAAUGAGCUUCUAACUGCACUCCUUUACAGAUGUCUUGUAGCAGCGGCAGCUGAAACAAACACAGGAGCACACAACGGAUCAGUUUUGAUCAGGAGCGUAAACGUGAGGCCUAUGAUUGAUCCACCACUGCCGGAAACAAGUGUUGGGAACUUUGUAGUCAUAAACAGCAUUACAACAAGCACGGAGAGUGAUACAAAGUACAGGACGUUGGUGGCACGAAUGAGGCAAGAGAAGAGGCGCCUUAGUGGAAUCAAAAAUUUUGAUGGACAGGGAUUGGUACCGAAGAUGGUUGAGUUAAGUAAAAAUAAGUACAGAAUCUUCAUGAUCACUAGUAUGUGUAACUUUCCACUAUAUGAGGCAACGAACUUCGGGUGGGGAAAGCCGAUUAAAGCACUCCUUGUGGACACAGGCAUGGCAGAUAUAAUAACUUUGAUGGAUACUACAAAUGAUGGUAUUAGAGCUGUUGUAGCUUUAGGAGAGCAAGACAUGAAAAAUUUUCUAGCACAGAAAGAGCUGCUUACCUAUGCUUCACUUGAAUAAUUGGUUGAUUUCCGGUUACUUUCAAACUGAGAUGGGAGCUGUUUGCUUACUUAUAAAUUACCUCAUCUGCAUUCUGUUUCUCUAUGUGUUUAUGGUUUCUGAAUAAUGUUUUCAACUUUCCAUGAGCUUAAUUGCGUUAUGGGGCACUUAAUGUGAAAGAAUGAAAUAUCAGUUGAUGAA